GUAAAACCGCGAUGUGGAGUCUUUAUUUUUCCACCCAUUUCAUUUUCUUCUAAUGUAGCUUGGCAAAAUGUUUAGCACGAUGACGUCUAAAAUUGUAUCCCUUAUUGUAAACGAAAAUCCCGGUCAAGGGAUGCAAUUGACCACCCGGCAAAACCAAUGCAGAACUUGCCGAAUACUGCAAAAUGUCAAGGAUGCUAAUGAUGAGGGUGAAAUUGAUACAGUGGAUCAGGUGUUCCUGCCAGACGAUGCAGAGGAGGAAGAAGAGAGAGGUUGCGAUUAUUACCCUGUACCGAACACACCACCUCCACAGUCACCCAGGCCACCCUCAACAGGCUCCCAGAAGUCGCCACGUUCAAAGCGGCAAAGAACUACUUCACUGUCACAGUCAUCAAAGAAAACGGCAUCUGAAUCAAUACUUCGCAGUCAUAGGCGCACUAUUUACACUGCAGGCCGGCCACCAUGGUACAACUCAGCUGGUCAGCAAGUAGAACCCUUUGUGAUUGGUAUUUGUGGUGGGACUGCUUCAGGAAAAACAACAGUGGCAACAAAAAUUAUAGAGUCAUUAGAUAUUCCUUGGGUCACACUACUUAGCAUGGAUUCUUUUUAUAAAGUUUUAAAUGAGAAACAGCAUGAACAAGCAGCCAGAAAUGAAUAUAAUUUUGACCAUCCUGAUGCAUUUGACUUUGAGCUAUUGAUAAACACACUGCAACGAUUAAAAGUGGGAAAGAAGGUGGAAGUUCCUAUUUAUAAUUUUGUAACACAUUCAAGAGAGAAUAGAACGAAAACAAUGUAUGGUGCAAAUGUGAUCAUAUUUGAAGGAAUUUUAACAUUCUACAAUGCAGAAGUUUUGAAGUUGCUCGACAUGAAAAUUUUUGUGGAUACUGAUGCUGAUGUUCGGUUAGCGCGACGAUUACGUCGGGAUAUUUCACAAAGGGGCCGUGAUCUCGAAGGUGUUCUUAAGCAGUACUGCAACCUUGUGCAGCCUGCAUUCUUCCAUUACAUAGCACCUUCCAUGGUGCAUGCAGAUAUUAUUGUUCCUCGUGGUGGUGACAACCAAGUAGCAAUUGAGCUCAUAGUUCAACAUGUCCAUACUCAGCUUCAGCUUAGAGGAUUCAAAGUAAGAGAACAACUGGCACAUUCAUACAUUGGACAGCCACUUCCAGAAUCUGUUUUCUUGCUUCCUUCAACACCGCAGGUGAAAGGAUUGCAUACAUUUAUUCGUAAUAAAGACACACCAAGAGAUGAAUUUAUAUUUUAUUCAAAGAGGCUAAUUCGUCUUGUCAUCGAAUUUGCAUUGUCACUGCUACCAUUUAAGGAGCAUAUAGUUGAGACACCACAAGGAACACAAUAUACUGGUAAAAAGAGUGCUACUGAAAAGAUAUGUGGAGUAUCAAUUUUGAGAGCUGGUGAAACGAUGGAACAAGCCGUCUGUGAUGUUUGUAAAGACAUUCGAAUAGGAAAAAUACUGAUACAGACAAAUCUGAACACUGGAGAACCUGAGUUGUACUAUCUGAGACUUCCAAAGGAUAUAAAGGAUUACAAAGUAAUAUUAAUGGAUGCCACAGUAGCUACAGGUGCAGCAGCUAUGAUGGCGAUCAGAGUUCUUCUGGAUCAUGAUGUUCCCGAAGAAAAUAUCCUCCUGGUGUCAUUGCUGAUGGCAGAAUCAGGUGUUCAUUCUAUAGCAUAUGCGUUCCCCCAUGUCCGUAUAGUCACGUCUGCUUUGGAUAAAGAAAUUAAUGAAAAAUUUUAUGUUGUUCCUGGUAUUGGCAAUUUUGGUGACCGUUAUUUUGGAACUGAGCCAUCAGAGGAGGUCUUCUGAUACUGUGUAUGAAAUUGUUGCAGUUUGAAAUAAACAGUAUUUCUGUAACAGUCAGCGACAGAUAGUUAACUGCAACAAAAGAAAACGUGCUCUCCAGAAUUGUUCAGUGGAGCAGUGUUUAAUGAUACAGGGUUUUUGUAAUUGUUUUCAGUACUUAAUUAUGCUUUUAUCAUGGAAGUGAGAAGCUGUGUGUGUGUGUGUGUGUGUGUGUGUGUGUGUGUGUGUGUGUGUGUGUGUGUCGUGUAAUUAGAUGUUAUGUUACUGGUUAUUUUGUCCCUCACCGUGCUUUCACCUGUGUAUAAUAUCAUUAUUUAUUUAUUUACUUUCUAAAAGAAAAUGGAAUGAAUUUUGCAAUGUCAAUUUGUUGUUCAAAUGUGUACAAAUAUGCAAUGCGGUGUUGCCAAGUGAAUCGUGUGCCUGUUGAGGGGAACACAGUGCCAUGUUAUACUGUGGUAUGAAAUAUUGGAAGCUAUUUUGGUACUUAGCAUAGGGCAGAAAUAUAAUAGUGACAAUAAUCUUUAGUAGUUGGCAUUUUUUCUGCUUCCCUAUAAAGAAUGCCAAUGUGUAAGAAACACAGACAGCUUGGGAUUAAAUGCUGAACACCUCAAUUUAUUUGAAAAAGCAAAAUCUUCAUUUGCAAUACUACUGUACAAGCAGUUACUUUACUGUUCAAUCACUCUUUAUUGUGUUGGAUACGUACAUUUCUAGUUUGUCACAACUAGCUGUAUAUACUCUGCAGAAAUGUUUGAUCACUUAUUCCAGGCACACUCUUUGCUUGAUGGGGCUGGCACUGCAUCUUUUUGACACUGAGUCAAAUCCUAAAAAUGUGAAAAGUGGUAUUUUAUUAAGGGCAGUGUUUCUGUUGAAUAAAGAAGUAUUGUUACUACAA